AUGGAGACUUGCCAGGCCAACAACUCCACGGACGGCGAAACGCUCGUGGUAGUAGGAGAUCUCAUACUAGAUCAGUAUGUCUCUGGCACGGUUCGUCGAAGUGCCCCAGAGGCCGACGUACCGGUCGUGGAGCAGGAGAGAACAGAAUACUACCCCGGCGGCGCGGCAAACGUCGCGACGAAUCUUGCCGCACUGGGUACGGCAGUUGUCCUGGUCGGAGCUGUUGGAGACGACGAAGAGGGACAGCGCCUGCUUUCCCUUCUGACCAGCGCCAAGGUCGAUGUCUCGGGUGUCCAGGUCCUCGCCGACAGGCCAACCUGCCACAAGACCCGCAUCAUCGGCAACGGGAGACACCUCGUCCGUCUGGACCGGGAAAUUGUAACCCCCAUCGGGGAAGAGCAACGACGAGCCGCUCUGGAUCCUGUGCGUCAGUAUCUGCCGCAUGCGCGGGGUAUGAUCUGCUCGGACUAUAACAAAGGGUUCCUGUGCGAGUCCGUUCUGCAAUCUCUGAUCCGCGAGGCUGUCUCGCUGGACAGAAAGGUCAUUGUGGACCCAAAGAUUGGCGAUUGCAGCCGAUAUGCCGGGGUAACAGUCCUGAUGCCCAACCUGGACGAGCUGCGGCUGCUAUCCGGGCUUCCUAUCGUUUCCUCCACCGAUAUUGAUGCUGCUGCACGGGCAGUUCUGACCAGAGUUCACCCGCAAGCGUUGCUGGUCACCUGUGGCGCUGAUGGGAUGGUCCUCUAUGAUCUGGACGGGAAGUCGUUCGUGAUCCCAGGCAGAGCCUCUACACCACGCGAAGUCAGUGGCGCAGGAGACAGUGCCGUCGCUGCGUUUGCCUGGGCCUAUCUCGUGUGUAGGCGGCCCCUGAAAGAAGCUGCCGAAGUGGCAAAUAAUGCAGGUAGCAUCGCAGUCACGAAAUCGGGAACUGCUACCGUCGCAAAGAGCGAGCUGCUAGAGGUACCCUGCAGUGGAGGGUCCUGA